UAACCUUCUCAUUUGAACAGACUCCUGCGAGGGAGACUCGUACUUCACGGAGAUGGCUGACGAUGAUCUGGACUUCGCAGGUAAUGUGAAGGCCAAGAAGAAGAAGAAGAAGGAUGCGGAGGCGUCGGACUCGGACGACGACGACUCGGACGCGGACCUGGACGACGAGGAGGUUUCUCUGGGCUCCAUGGACCAGGAAGACUUCGGAGACGAGCUGGAGGAAGAGGGGGGGACGUUCAUGGAUCCUGACGGGGGAGGAGAGGAUGACGACGAUGAAGAAGGUGAGGCAACGUUUCUGGGAGUGGCCGGGAGUUAUAUCUCGUUUUCUAGACGCGAUACACUUGGUGUGACCUGAGAAAAUGUGAUAAAG